CAUUUUCAAAAAGCUUGGCGUUAAUUACAAUAAAUUUCUCAGCCACGUCAUAUGAUAAUUUUCCAAACAUCAGUGAAAAUUAGACCCCAUUCAGACGGAGCAUUCAAUUCCAUAUGCAGCUGAAUAAAUCGCAGCCGUCCAUUACGACUCAAUCUCCAUAACAGUAGCUUCCAAAGGACAGUCCCCCGUCCCUCUUUAUAAACCCCCCACUCGUCACUCUCCGGCCGGCAACAACUGUAGAGAGAGAGAGAGUAAGAAUCUUUGUGAGGAAGAAAGGGUGGCAUUAGACACUGUCUGAGAAAGAAGAGACCCAUUUAGAGAGAGAGAUAGAGGAGAGAGACUUCCAAAACAGAAGAACAGAGAGUGCUAAGAGUAAGGAGAGAGGAGUGAGAUUCAAACAGGGAAAGAGAGAUGCCUGAAGAAGCACCACUAACUUCUUCUCACCACAUAGUGGUCUUCCCUUUCAUGGCACAAGGCCAUACCAUCCCUCUCCUCUACCUCUGCAACGCCCUCUCAUCCAUGGGGCACCGCUCCACCAUUAUAACCACCCCACUCAACGCCAUCUCCAUGAGAAGAACCCUAGACUGCCAAAAUCCUAAAAUUCGACUCAUCGAGCUUCCUUUUCCGGAAGAACCCGCCGUACCAAGAAACUGCGAAAACACCGAUCAGCUCCCCUCAGUGGACCUCUUUGUCCCCUUCUUGAAGGCCACCCAGAAGCUGCGCCCACAGUUCGAUCAAAUCCUUGAAGAAUUGACGGUCAUCGACCCACCCAUCUGCAUCGUCUCCGAUUUCUUUCAUGGGUGGACCCUGGACUCGGCUAAGAGACUCGGGAUCCCGAGACUCGUCUUCCACGGCAUGGGCGCCUACUCCAUGUCGAUUUGCAAGUCGGUCUGUGUACACUACCCCCAGAAAGGCCUCACAGAGACUGAGCCCUUCAGGGUUCCCGGCAUGCCUAGCCCAGUCGUGAUCACUCGAGCCGAGCUGAGCUCACCGGUCAAGGAUCUUGAUCCAAACGAUCCGUCCUUCCAGCUCUUGUGCGAAGUCGGUCUUGCCGACAUAGAGAGCGACGGCGUGCUGGUAAACACUUUCUACGAGCUCGAGCCCGCGUGGGUCGACUGUUUUGAAGGGUUCUACAAAAAGGGCUCGAGGGCCUGGUGCGUGGGCCCGCUCUGCCUCUACAGCCGGAGCCCACAGGACGCACUGGACUCGAACCCAUGCAUCGACUGGCUCGGCAGGCAGGAGGUAGGGUCGGUUGUGUACGUAAGUUUCGGUACACAAGUGGCUGUAUCGAGGGGUCAGAUGAGGGAAAUAGCGUUAGGGCUAGAGAGAUCAGGUGCGAAGUAUCUUUGGGUAGUGAGGGGAGAAGAGGGGGAGGAGUUUGAGGAGAGAGAAAAUGGGUUGAUUGCCAGAGUGUGGGUCCCACAGGUUGCUGUUUUGUGCCACGUGGCAAUCGGAGGGUUCAUGAGCCAUUGUGGAUGGAACUCUGUUCUGGAGAGCCUGGUGCAUGGGGUGCCAAUAUUAGGGUGGGGUAUGAUUGCUGAGCAACAGUUGAAUGCUAAGGUAGUUGAAGAAGUAUUAGGGGUGGGAAUAAGGGUUUUGGAGGAGGGCGAGGGCGAGGGCGGGAAUUUGGUAGAAGGUGAGGUUAUAAGUGGGAAAGUGGCGGAGUUGAUGAGGGGGGAGAGAGGGAGGAAGGCGCGGCGGAGGGCGGCAGAGGUGGCGGAGGCCGCGAGGGAGGCGGUGGCGCCUGGGGGUUCGUCUUAUACUGCCUUGGCCAAUCUCGUGGAAGACCUUGCAGGCAAGCGGAGAUAGUUCUCUGUCACCCCUGCCCCCCAACUACCCAACAUACUCUCUCAUAUUUCCCAUAAAGCAAACCUCUCUCUCUCUCUCUCUCUCU